UUUGAUCCUGACUUCUCUGAUCCUCCCCUUCUUCCAGUGCCCUCCUCUUAUCUCCUGAUAAGACAUAUUGUGUAUAGACACUCUGCACAUGCUCUGUUUUUUUUUUUCCUUGGGAGAGUGCAUGUGAUCAGCACAGGGCCAAUCAGCACUGUCCAGAUAAAGGUCAGGGGUCCUGCAUCCUCCUAGAGCAAAAUGAAAACUCCUCAUACAAGCAUUAACCAGUGCUCCACUGGACACUGAUAGAAGUCACAAGACUGCUCUAACUGCGGAUGAGAAAAGGUAUUUAGCAUUUUAUAUUUGCUAA